UUUGUGACUAGCUGCUCGAAGCCGCCUCUUUUGGGUUUCGCCCAUCUUGAACCACCAUUCUGCAUUCGGUGUGUACAAUAUACCAAUGAAGACCAGGAUGUAGGAGACACAUUGGGCUCAGUUCUUAAGGGAUUCUUCGGGUUUGGAGGUCGUAAAGAAGAGAUAGCUCGACUACCUACCGCUUCCACUUGCUUCAAUCUUCUCAAACUGCCAAAUUACAAUUCGCGUUCUGUUCUCCGAGACAAAUUGCGCUAUGCAAUUCGUAGCAAUGCUGGUUUCGAGCUCUCUUAA